AUGGUGGAACCAACUAGUCCAGUUAAAUGGAAAAGCUCUACUACCGAGCAGGUACAGAUGGAAGGCGAAUUAUUCAAAGUCCAGUAUACAUUAAAAGAUAUUCAUAAACUUUCAAUCAACUCUAUAAAGAUUUCGCCAGAUGGAAGCACAUUUGCUACUUGCUCAUCUGAUUGCACAAUUAAGGUCUUUAGACUCUCUGAUGGGGAGCUUGUAACCGAGUUAAAUGGACAUACAAGAGGUAUAUCUGAUCUCGAGUAUUCGCCCAUUAAUCCUGACAUUAUAGCAUCGUGUUCAGAUGAUUUAACUAUAAGACUAUGGUCAAUAAAGAGAUCUAAAUGCAUAAAAAUCUUGAAAAAGCAUACAUAUCAUAUCACAGCAAUAAAGUUCAGUUCUAAAGGUAACGUCUUGAUUAGUGGCUCUGCUGAUGAAACCAUUACAAUAUGGGAUCUAUCCUCGGGUAAAUCUUUACGAACUUUGGCGGCGCAUUCAGACCCUGUAUCUUCGAUCAGUUUGACGCCAGACAAUUCAAUUAUAAUCAGCUCCUCUUACGAUGGGCUCAUGCGACUUUUUGAUCUAGAGACUGGGCAAUGUCUAAAGACCCUUAUAUAUAAUAGUGCAAGUCAUGGUACAGCAACGGCGUCUACAAAUGAGGCUGUUAAUUUUCCUGUGUCAAACACUGAAGUGUCGCCAAAUGGAAAAUAUAUCUUAAGUUCAAGCUUGGACGGUGUUAUACGACUUUGGGAUUACAUGGAAAAUAAGGUUAUUAAGACAUAUUAUGGUGAAAAAGAUACACCCAUAAGUACCAAGUUUAUUUGCGGAGCGAAGUUUAUUACGAAAACAAAGGAACCUAAAAUUGUAUCUGGAAGUGAACUGUCUGGCAUAUUGGUAUGGGACGUUCAGUCGAAAGAGAUUGUUUUUCAGUUUAAAGCCAAAUCACCAGUUUUGCAAGUUGACAUCUUCGAUCAAGGCGGUAUCCUAGUUUCAUGUAGUACGGACGGUAUUGUCAAUGUACUAAACUUGAAUUCCGUUUAUAAGGACGAGCAGAACUCUGUAUCAUCAAUGUCUACCUCACCACAACCUUAG